AUGAAUGUGGGCAGAGACAAGGUCGGUGACAUCUCCAUCCCGGCAGCGGCAGCCGCGGCGGUGACAGCCCCCGCAACCGGCAUCGGCGGGGAGUCCUGCGGCUUGCACGGGGAAGGGAUGGAGAGCCACGGGGAGCAGCGGCUCUCGGCCGGCGGCGAGCUGCCCCUCUACUCCUGCCCUGGCAAUAGGGACAGGCAAGGGGACAACCCGAGCAACACCCCUGGACAAGAGGGAGCCGUGGCCGCGCUGCCCAUGGUGCACAGGACCACCUCCUUCUCCGUGCUCGACAUCCUGGACCCUAACAAAUUCAACAGCAAAAGGAGGCAGUGCGCCGUCUUGUACAAAUCGGUGGGGAGCGAGUUUCCGCUGGGGGCGGAGGAUAAGCCCGAGGACUCAGGGACGGAGCUGGCCGAGCAAAAGACUCUCGCCGAGGAUUUCGAGACGUGCAAGAAAUCCGCAGACCUGAUCAAGGACGGCGAACUCUUCAAAGCCGACGAGUGCGACCUGGACUACAGCAGCCGGCCGAGCCGCAGCCCCGACAGCGAGCUGCCGGACGACGAGGAGCUGUGCGGCGAGGAGAGCAGCAGCAGCAGCAGCAGCAGCACGUCCAGCUCGGCGGCUCCCGGCGAGGCCGACCCGGGCCACCUCCACGCCGAGGCGGCCGAGGCGAGCGGACAGAGCCAGCAGGCCAAGCCCAAGAGGAAGCGAACGGGCUCGGACUCCAAGUCGGGGAAGCCCCGGCGUGCGCGGACAGCUUUCACCUACGAGCAGCUGGUGGCGCUGGAGAACAAGUUCAAGUCCACGCGGUACCUGUCGGUCUGCGAGCGCCUCAACCUGGCGCUGUCCCUCAGCCUCACCGAGACGCAGGUGAAGAUCUGGUUCCAGAACCGCCGCACCAAGUGGAAGAAGCAGAACCCGGGGGCCGACACCAGCGCGCCCACGGGCGGCGGCGGCGGCGGCGGCGGCGGGGCGGGGGGCGGGCUGGGCGGCGGGGCGCUGCCGGGGGGGCUCAGCCCUCUCAGCCACUCGCCGCCCAUGGGCAACCCGCUCUCCAUGCACGGGCCCGGCAGCUACGCCGGGCACCCCGCCGGCGGGCUGGUCUGUGCCGCCCAGCUGCCCUUCCUGCCCAGCCCCGCCGUCCUCUCGCCCUUCGUCCUGGGCUCGCAGACUUACGGCGCUCCGGCUUUCUACACUCCGCACCUAUAA